GAAGGUAACUAUUUUCCGGUAACACCGCUGUACAUUAUUUCAUACAAACUUUCACGUUUUGUAUUUUCUGGCGAUUAUUUGUUAUGACAAAACGAAAAUAUUCUGCGACUGUAGUAACCGAAAGUUCCAAACAAAACUUGGAACAAGUAGGGAGUACGAAAAAGAUUUGUGGUGACAAAAAUGUAAUACCUCCAACAGCUGAAGAAAUGAAAGAAUAUAAAGAAAUUGAAAAUCUUCAACAUUCUUCUCUUUUCCGAAUGCAGAUUAAAGAGCUUUUGUCAGAGGUAAAAGUGAGUUUUGCGAAGAGAAUGAAAAUAGAGAAAAGUGUACAGAAACUUGUCGAUGUCUUACAGAACUUACCUAAAGGUGAAAGCUACCAGUUAAAUGAUCAAGAAUGGGUUCAGAAACAUGGUCUUUCAGUUCCUUUGGUACAGAAACCCUCUACAGUUGAAGGGACAUUCUGCUUUCACCCACCAUCAUCAGUCAAUAUUAUUGGUAGUUUCCCAUUAGACACCUGUCUUAAACUAGGGCUCCAUGUUGACAUUGCUGUGAAGAUUCCAAAGAAAUUCUUUGAUACUAGAGACUUCCUGAACCAGCGGUAUAUCCGUAAGAGAGCUCUGUAUUUGGUGGCUUUGGCUGCACACCUGAAAAAUGAAGCAUUUGUUGAAGAGUUGAGCUUCACUUACCAUCAUGGUGAUCCUUAUAAACCAAUACUUAUAGCUGUUCUUCGAGAUGCCAAAGAUAGUUGUGAGGUUCACAUUCAUCCAGUGACCACUUAUUUUAAACAUUCACGAUUUUCUCACAACAAGUGCAAUGUGCGACAGGCUUGGUUUUAUUCAGGAACUGAUGUCGAGGUCAAGGAUGAUGAUGAAAAUCUAUUGCUCCCAACACCCUACUACAACAUGUCUAUUUUAAAAGAUCUGUUGAUCACAGAAAAUCAAAAUUUACUCAAAGAAUCUCUGUGUGUUGACAGUGGUCAGCUAAAAGAUGGAAUUAUUCUUUUAAAAGUUUGGCUCCAUCAAAGAGACUUGAAUACAGGUUAUGGUGCUGUGUCUGGUUUUAUAAUUUCAAUGUAUGUAGCCUACCUUCUUAAGCUGAAGAGAUUGAAUAAAUUAAUGAGUAGCUAUCAAGUGUUCCGCACAACCCUGUACAACCUUGCAAACAGUGACUGGGUUAAAGAUGGUAUCAGCUUCUACAAUCACGAAUCACAAGAAAAUGCACCAACUUUAGACAGUUUUAUAGAAGCUUUUGAUGUAACUUUUGUAGACUCCACUGGAUUUCUUAAUUUUACAGCUGCUUUAUCAUCUUAUACAUUUUUGGAAUUGCAACAUGAAGCUUCUAUGACUCUUGAAAUAUUGGAUUCUCAAAAUAGAGAUUGUUUCCAUACUAUUUUCAUUCAAAAAAUUCCAUUUUGCAUGCGGUAUGACCAGAUAUUUCAUAUCACUGAUAUGAAUGCACUGAAAGAAUUAUCUACAAAACCAAAAUUUUCCCAGAAAAAUCUAGACUUUGGUGGGUCUUGUGUUCUAGCAGUUCUUCCAAAUCUAAUGAACUUCAUUCAUAAAAUUCUAUCCAAACGAGUGAGGCAUCUCCAAAUGAAACCUAUAGUUACCUCUAAGUGGUCAGUCAAUGAAGAACCACCACACAAUUCUUUAGAGUGUUUGACUUUUGGUCUCAGUUCAGAUGAGGAACAUUGCUACAGUAUUAUGGAGAAAGGACCCCCAGCUGACCACCAAGAUGCUAAAGAAUUCCGAGAACUUUGGUCAGGGAAAUCUGAAUUGAGAAAAUUUAAAGACGGUACCAUUUGUGAGGCUGUCAUUUGGCUCAACAAACCAACUAUGUACAAGAAAAGGAUGAUUUUUUAUGAAAUUAUUUCUUUUAUGUUAAAUACAUACUUCUCUAUUCCACCGGAAGCUAUUGUAUUUCCUGCAACUUGUAUUGAAUCCAUCCUAACUCUUCCUAAAGAAGCUAGUCCAGAGGAGGAUUAUGGCACAGGUGAAGAAGCCAGCAUUAAAGUAAACCAAGCCUGUGAUAAACUUAGGAAAAUUAUUAGCGACAUUAAAAUUACUGUUGAUAUCAAAGAUAUUCAAGGAAUUUCUCCUGUUUUUCGAUUUGCUGAGGUAUUUCCUGCUCUUGGUUGCAGAGAUUCACCAAAUUGUUUGUCUCAGAAAAACCGAAACAUCCCAAGUCCUGAUCUUUGUCCUCAUUAUUGUCCUGUUGUCACUGUUCUGUGUAUGGUUGGAACACAAGGACAGGAUCCUGAGGAUCUUGAGACGUUAUAUCGUUUGAAGGCGCUCUAUCUCUUAGAACUAAUGAAGAGUUUACAAAAGAAAUUUAAACUUGUAAUUUCAUAUCAUAAACAAUAUUUAGAUAUUCUGGUGGAUGAAAUUGUGUUCCGGUUAAAGUUGUGUUUCAAUCCAGAAAUAGAACUAUUAAAGGAGCCACAUACUAGUGUCGAAGGAGAAAAGGUUCACAGUAAUGAGUCCCUCUGUUUAUGGGCUGAGACGAGGGUCAUGCCAAAACUGACCAGUGUACUUCGUGGUCUUGGUCAACAACACCAAACUUAUGGCCUUGUUGUACGUUUAGCCAAGCGCUGGCUCGCAGUCCAUUUCUUAUCUGAUGACAUUCCUGCUAUAGCAAUUGAGUUACUGGUGGCAAGUCUGUUUUUAGAUCCUUAUCCAUUUGAAGUACCACGAGGAUCAAUUUGUGGCUUCCUUCGUUUCCUUUACUUGGUGUCAACAUUUGACUGGGCAACAAGUCCGUUCUUUGUCAACUUAAACAAUGAAUAUUCAGGGGCAGAAAUUAGCCAAAUUAAAGCAGACUUCAGUGUUCGAACAAGUUUUCCUCCUAUGACAAUUUGUAUCCCUCUCGACAAAGAAGUGGUUUCGUUUUGGACUCGUGAAAAGCCUAACCAGAUGAUGCUAAAUCGCUUAAUUUUGAUUGCCAAACAGUCAUUGUGUACAUUACAAGAGAUGUUGAUAUGGCCAGCUAGUGAUUUAAAGAAAAUAUUCCGCCCAUCUCUGGAGCCAUUUGAUGUGGUUAUUCAUUUAAAACAUGACCAAGAAGCUAGUCCAGGUCAAGCUAUUGACUCCAUUGGCAGAAGGAAUUACCCAGCAUUUCUUAGUAAUCCUUCCAAUCUUCCAGUUGUUGAUUACCGACCAAAACAGCUUUUCAUGAAAGAUCUCAGGGAAACAUUUGGUCACCUUGCUUUGUUUUAUAGUGAUGAAUACAGUAGCAGUGUGAUAGGAGUUUUAUGGAGACCUAAGAUAUUUCAACCUCAAGGGUUCAAGGUAUCAUUAGUGAAUGGUCAGUGUUUGUUUGAAGAAUCCUCUAAAGAGAACCAGCUUGUGCCAAACAUUGAAGCUAUUAUUGAAGAUAUGAAGAUUCUUGGCAAUGGAAUUGUAGAACAUAUUAAAGUGAAAACUAUGUCUUUACUCACAUAAUGUUCUCCAAUGCUUUGUUUAGACUGUAAAGACAAACUCUGUGUGUGUGUAUAUAGUUAUGGUUUGUGUUUUACAUUUGAAAUUGACCAUUACAGAUUUAACCCAGUUUUUCUGAUGAAUAUUUCUGUUUCCAUUUCCUGCUGGAAAACCAUUUUGCAUCACUCUCCAUUCCUGACCACAGGGAUUUGUUUCUAUUUCAUCUCAUCCUGCCUGAAUAAAAUCACUUUUCAAAGAAACUUACAUUGGCAGGACAUAAAAAUUCAACAUAUUAAGAACUGAGUAAAACUUGUAAAUAAAUUCUUCAUAAAAGGAUGCAAAAGACGAGCUUGUGAUAGCAGCUUGUUAAUAAACAUUUCAUUUCCACAA